UAAACCGCCAUUUUGUUUUGUGAGAUGAAUCAAAGUUGAAAAGUUUUUCUUAUUUUUUUGAUCAAUACGUCGUAUCCUGAGGUCAGAAACUAUGCAUAGUAAUACAUGAGGAACUAUGAUGUGAAGUGUUUGCUAAAACCUGUUCUCCAAAAUGGAUAUUCCACGGAAUACAGCAUCCGUAGACACAAUCCAAAGCCAUGAUGAAUCAGCAUCAUUAGAUCCUUCAGUAUGUAGCACAGAAAACCCUCCUCAGGAUGAUCACUUCGCCAUAAGCGAGGCAAAUUUCAACCAGGGGCAGCUAAAACUAAAAAUAUCAACUAUACGGAAAUCUGUAUCUGAAGAAAGUUCCAAAUCUGAAGAUGACUCCACUGAUAUUGUUAAUGAUGCUGUGUUACUUGAUGAUUCAAAAAUGUUAGAUUCUUCUGACUCCAAAUGCCAGGUUGAUGAAAACUCCCGGGGUGAUUCCAAGUUACUCAAUGAAACAGAAUCUUCAUUUGAAAGCUCAGAGGAUGUAAACAAGGCUGAAGUUGACAAGAAUACAGACACAAUGAGGGUUCCUGCUCAAUACCAUCAUAGAUUAGCUUCACACAUCAACAAACCUGAUUCUAUAAUAGUCCAACAAGAUGAUAAACCCAAUGGUGUCACAUCUGAUAAAGACAACAUGGCUGAUAAACAGGAGAUUGAUGCACCUAAUAAUAAUACAAAUAGUAAAAGUGGUGAAGUUAAAGCAGAGGCAGACAGCAAAGCAUCUGAUAAUGACAUUUCCUCUAAGACAACAGUAUUAACAUCAAGUGUGGAACAAGUUAAAACUACACAGGCAGUGAUAGCCAUGUCCAAACCCUCUGUGAUUGACCCAGUUGGAGUAGGGUCUAGCAUAGAGAAGGUAAAAAGGAAACCAGGUAGACCUAAGAAGGUUGUCCCAACAACAUUAAUGGAGCCACUUCCUGAUGCUUUGUUACGUUUGGAUACUGCAUCAAAUGUGUCCCCAGACAGUGGAAUAUCAUUAAAUCCUGACUCACCCUCCUCUGGGCCUACAUCAGUGUUAUAUCCCUCUCCCCUCGUAGGACCAACUGGGUCAGUUAAUCAUCAUCCACAUAAAAAAAUCACGAAACCCCAACCCAAACCAAAAACUUCGAAAUCCUCAAAUAGAGCAAAGGAGCAUAAACAGAAAAAAUUAUCUGCAAAAUCAGAAGCUGCAAAGCAAAAAGAGGAUGAUGUUAGGAUGUUACAUGUGGAGGAUACUAUUGAUUAUGUGAUACACUGUGCAAUGCUUGGACAUUUUGAGCACCAGACUGAAGAGUUUGGACAAUCUGGCCGGCCCAGGAUUAAGCCUUACCCUGGCGAUGAAAAAUUCUCAGUUUACGCACAAAAGAAACUUUUACUCACAAAAUCAAAUUUUUAUAAAAAACGAAUAAUAGGUGAAGAAGUGAAGGUCCCACCUAAGCCAUCUUCUAAACAAGCAAAGUAUAAACCAAAAUAUGAUAAACCUGGUAGGCCUUGUAAAAAUCUGUGUAAAACAAAAAGAGGUCCUGGAAGGCCAAGAAAAUAUCCACUAAAGACGGAUGUAAAACAUAAACCCAGUGUCACGUCUGAAACUAUCAGUAUGACUAAUAUAAGUGAUGGAGAUGAAAUUUAUGCAACUGGAAAAGAUUCUCAUCUAAGCAGUAUUCAUUCAGAAUGCCCUUCUGGGUCAUUUGAGAUCUCUUCAUCUUCCACUAAACCCUUAUCUCCAUUGCCAUCUCUCAUUGUCCCUACAACACCUCCCCCUCGCAAAAGACCCGGCCGUCCUCCAAGUUCUGGGAGAAAAAUGUCAAAAAAUAUGCUCCAUAUGAAAACAAUGGCUAUUCCUACAAGCCCUAAAAGCCCCACAAAACUAUCAACUCCUGUGACAGUUAAAAGAAAAGUUGGGAGACCACGGAAAUCUCCAGUUCUCCCAACUACAAAGCCAUUAAAAUCCAUGGAUGUGGCCAGCAGUAUGGCGAGUAAACAUAAUACAAGCAUAGAGAGUACUAUGGAUUUUGGAAAUUUAUUACAAAGUGUCCAAGACUCUAUUCAUAAUCAGUUUGAGAAGCAUGAUGAUGAUUUUUCAAUGUCAAAUGAGAGUAGUGAUAGACUAAGUACAUACUCUAAGUCAUCCAGAGCUAGCAAAAACAACGAGUCAUUGGAUACAAGCCGUUCUUCAUCAAUAUCUGGCACCAAAUCAAAAUACAAAAAACCGAAAGUGCAUGUUAUGAUGAGGACUCGUAAAAAGCGACAUAGGAAAAAGAAAUCAGUAUCCAGUAUGAAUGGUGCUAGUUCACAUAAUACAACAAUAGAGGACCAGGAACAGGUUGAUGAACUAAUCAAUGAACCUGAAGAUAUUAAACCAGUACUUCCUAAAUUAGAUAAAGUAGACCCUAUUGACACUCCUGCAUUAGACAUUGACCCUUGUGACCUUUCCCCUCAAAAAUCAGAAGCAUCUCCAACACACAGUGUUAAAUCACAACCCACAUCCAAGAAGUCAGAACAUGAUGUUGAUGAGAAAUUACCUGACCUUGACAUUGAUAUUUUCUCAUCUAAGAGAAAAAAGAGAGAGUCUGUGAACUCAGAUGUGUCAGCUGAUGGGGCACCACCUGUGUUACAACCAUAUUAUAAAGGUGAUGGAGCCAUCCGUCACCAUAAAAGGAAAUCUAACAAGGUCAAAAGACUCAAAAGUAAACAUAAAAAUAUUUACGACCCAGCCUUUCUGGCUAAGGUUGAGGAUAUUAUAAAAUCAAUUAACAAAAUCACACUUGGAAAGGGAUAUUCUCACCCUGAACAUUUACCUAUUGCUUUCCAAAUUGGUCCUAUUGUCAAGAAAAAGAAAUCAAAGAAGGAUCGAAGGGACAAAGAAAGGUCCUCAACAGAAGGAAGUACAAAAUCUAGCCAUAAGUCAAAAUCACAUAAAGACAAGUCUCGGUCUAAAGACUCUAAAAACAAAGACAAAGAAAAGCAUAAAUCUAAAGAGAAAUCUGAAAAGAAACACUCAGAACACAUUACAUUAGAUACAGAACAAAGUAAGAAGGAAUUAAAACAUAAAGAUAAAACUAAAAUUAAAAAACCAAAGGAGAAAAAGGAAGAACCAGAAGUAAAAGUCAAACCAGACCAACCUGUGUUAAAAGAUAAACCAUCAAAACAUAAAGAUAAAGAUGCUAAAUCUAAACCAGAUUUAAAUCCUAAAGAGAAAUCCAAUAAUAACCAACAUACAGAGUCAUCAAAGGUGAUUACAACAGAAUCCGAGAAAUCCAAACGUGGACGCAAAAAGAAGGUUCCUGUUGAAGAUAUGUCAAUGACUUUAUCAGAUACAAGUACAGCCAGCCCAAACAGCCAACAAUGUCUACCAUUGAAGAAAAGACACAAGUUGAUCGCUGCAGCUGCUGCCAAAGAACAGGCAGAACUGAUACAACACAAAGCUGAUGUUGAAAAGUUAGACAAAGAGAAAAAGAAGCCAGGCCGUGCCAAGAAAAGAACAGCUAGUGAAAGUGAUCUUGAUCUUUCAAAGCAAGGAAGUGCAAGUGCUGUUACGACUGAGGCUGCCAUCCCAGAAGAGGCCAACAAAGGUGCACCGCAGACCACACUCAAUGCAGUCAUACCCACCAAGAAAGGCAAAAAAUCUAAACUAGAUCCAGAUAUAAAUACAGACUCUGUGCCAUUAAAAACUAAAUCCAAGAAGCCAGGUCCCCAACCGAAGGAUUCAAGUAAAGCUAUUGAAUUAGCUCCACCAUCUCCAAAGAAAAUGAAGAAGGGAGCUGGUGAACCUUCAUCUAGCACCACUUCAGACCCAAUAAAAAAUUCAAAGAAAAAGAACCUUAAGAAAAUUAAAAGUGUGUCACCCACAAGAAAAAUUGAUAAAACAGUCCCUAAAGACAUUGAUGCUCCUGUGAAGCCUCUAAAACGAGGUCCAGGAAGGCCCCCUAAUCCAAAUAAACCUAAAAAGGUCCCUGGGCGUAGGCCUGGUAGACCUAUGGGAAGCAAAAACAAAUCUCCAAAACUAGAUGUAUCAAAAGACUCAAAUGAUAAAAUUUCAACUCCUAAGUCUUCACCGAGCAAAGUAGUUGACUCAGAAUCACCUAAGAAAAGAGGCCCAGGGAGACCCCCUAAGGAUCCCAAUAAGAUCUCACCCAAUAAAUCAAACUCUCCUGAAGUACCUUUGAAAAAACGAGCUGGUCGACCUCCAAAAUAUCUCAGCAAGUAUGAUACAAUGCUGGAUCCUGCGGCAAAGUUGUUGAAUAAAGCCAAAGUAACAAAAGCAAAGACUGUGAAGCGCAAAAAGAAGGGUGAGGUUGAGAAAUGUGAAAUUGGAGUAGGAACUGAUGAUCUUGUGGAGUAUAUGGGGCAAGGUUUAAUGCACCCCUAUGUAAUGGGAAUGCCUUUGAUGACUCCUUUGCCUAUGGCAGGUGCCCUUCCCCCAGGUGGUGCUCUACCCCCUGGUAUGUUACCAGCUGGAGCUCAAAUCCCCCCACAAUAUGCAGGAGUUAUACGCUCCACUAAAGAGCUUUAUCCUCAGAACCCAGAAGCAUCUGCAGCUAUGUCAAAUUCGGCUCCAACAACUAAUUCAACACCAAAGCAAGCAAUGGCUGCAGCUCCAUGCGAAGCCCAAGUUACUAUGGAAGAAAACGAAACUGUGAUACAGUGUAAUUCUAAAGUGAAAUCACAGGAUAUAUCAAGUUCAAUGGAUACAUCUCUUGACUCCUCUAAGUCUGAAAUGGAUCAGAAUCUGUCCGUAGGAAGCAGCUUGAAUGCCACUCAGGAUGAGGUUCCAGAAAGUUCUAAAGAUACAUUGGAUACCACAACUACAAACAAUCUAUCAAAAGCAUCAGAAGAUAAGGAUUGUUCCAAUUCUGAUACUUCCAAAGAAUCUUCUGACAUGAAGUCAACUUUUGAUAUUACAGCUGGGUCAAAUGUAGAAAAUUCCAUAGAUUCAAAUGAAAAAAUGCUCUGUUGUAAUGAUACAAACAAUACUAACGAUUCAGUUGACAUUGAAAAAACAAAAGAUUCUGUAGACUUUGAAAAAACAAAAGACUCUGAAGAAACAGAAACAACAAUUGAUUCUGUUGAUAUUGAAAAAAAUGAUUCAAAAUCAAAUGAGAUAAACAAUACAAAAAGUUCAAAUGAUCCAGACGAUACAAAUGAUUCUAAUCAUACAGACAAUAUUAAAGAUUCAACCGUGGAAGAAAAAUCAAAUGAAUCACUUGAUACCCCAUCCAUAUCUUCCAGAGGAUCUGUAAAUGAAUCUCAUAGUGAUGUGAACUCAAGUGUCGUCAACAUAACCAGUGAGAUUAACAAAACUGAAGAAACUAUACCAAGUGAUCUAAAUGAGAGUCAGUCUUCAGAUUUACAGCAUGAGACGAUGACUACCCAAAGUGAAAAUAAUUCACAUGAUGAAACCAAAAAUGAUAGCAAAGACUCCGAAACAGCGAAUUAUAAAUCUGAAAAGGACUUAUGCGAAGGUAAAGACAUUGAAAGCUCAUGUAAUAUCUCAACAAACAUCUCAGAACAAGAAACAUCUGAAAGCAAAGACAAUACUGGUAUUAAUGAAUCUUCAUCUAAAUCCCCAUUACAAGGUGUAUCAAGUGCUAAAAAUUCACCAACCAAGGAUAGUAUUAAACACAGUGAUACUGAAAUAGCUUCAGGUAAUAAGGGAACUGACCAACAAAGUCCUGGGAAAACGAUUAUAGCUCAGAGUCACUCAAAUCCAAUCAGAAUAGAGUUUACUGAUAAGGACCUAUCUGAGGCUAAGGAAGGACUUGAAGGUAAAGAUAAACAGAUCAGGAGUAGUACACCAACUGAGGAAAUCUGUACUAGGGAAACUGCAACUAAACACAUCAUUCCUUCAAAAAUUAGAAAAGGCUCUCGGCGAUCUACAGAGAGUCCAAAUCGAAAUCUGUUUGAUGAUAUGCCUAAACCUACUGACACUUCAACUAAUAAGAAAAAGAAUGCUGUUAUUCAAAAUAAACUGCAGCAAAAAGAGAAGGCUAAGGGUCGCAAAAGGCAGCAUAGUGCAGAUACUCCUAAUAAUACUGAAACCAUGGAUAAUAGUGUGGAUGGUAUCAUAGAGAAUGAAAGUGUGGUUAAAGACAUAGUGGAGCCCUUGUUGAAAAAGACCAAAAGCAAAGGCCCUAAAAGUAAAAAGUACAUACUCCCUAGUGAAACAGAAAGUCAGAGUGACAGUGAUCCACCUAAGAUAAAGAAGAAAAAAACAAGUAGUCUUCCCAAGAAGAAGUAUCAGAAAUGUGGAAUAUUCUCAGCAAUCUACAAAAUUGAUCAGAAGGACAAAUCCAACAACAACAGUAGUAGCAAAGAUAAAUCCUCAAUAUCUGUGAGUGGGGAGGAAGAUUGUGGCCUUCUCCCCAUCCCACUUUAUGAAUUUGGCAAACAUUUCAUGGAGAAGGAGGCUGAUUUUCAGCUGCCUUAUGACAUCUGGUGGCAACAUAAACACAAGAAAGCAUCAGCAAGUGAACCAGCUGGCAAAGAACUGAUCCAGAAUCACUAUAAAUACAAGAAAAUCAGAACAAAUGUUUAUGUUGAUGUUAAACCUGUCUCUCGUGACGAGUGUCACCCGUGUAACUGUCGAUAUCCUGCUGACCAAUCACAGAAGGCCUGUACAGAUGACUGUUUGAAUCGUAUGAUGUAUGCUGAGUGUUCACCACAGGCGUGUCCAUGUGCAGAGAGAUGUGGAAACCAGCGUAUCCAGAAACAUGAGUGGGCUCCAAACCUAGAGAAAUACAUCACAGCAAAUAGAGGUUAUGGUGUUCGUACCAAUGGAAAAAUUACUGCAAACCAGUUUAUCCUUGAGUAUGUUGGUGAGGUUGUCAGCGAACAAGAGUUCCGUAGACGUAUGACUGAAAAUUAUUCAAAGGAUAAUCACCAUUACUGUUUGAACCUGGAUAGCGGCAUGGUGAUUGAUGGUUAUCGUCUUGGCAACAUUGGUCGCUAUGUCAACCACUCAUGCGGCCCAAACUGUGAGAUGCAGAAAUGGAAUGUGAAUGGUGUAUACAGGAUUGGGCUGUUUGCAUUGAAAGAUAUAGAGCCUGGGACAGAACUCAACUAUGACUACAACUUUGAUGCCUUCAACCUAGAUAGCCAGCAAAUCUGUAAAUGUGGUAGUGAUAAAUGUCGAGGUGUAAUGGGUGGAAAAUCACAACGUCUUAACGGACUCGUGAAAACAGAUCAGCCCUCAAGAAAUAAAGGUCGACCAUGCAGGGACAAGAGGAAAUCCAAACAUAGGAAAGGCAGAGAGAAGGAAAAGAAGGUGGAAUUGACUUCAUCCAAGCCCCAGAAUACCCCUAUGAAACCCAUGUCACAUAGAGAACGUUGCUAUGCCCAGAAGCACAAAAUAUUCUUAUUGAGGAAUAUGGAGCGUGUAAAACAUAUGAAGAACAAGCCUCAGGAAAUGACUGCAGAGGAGCAGGAGACAUUUAUGAAAGAUCGCUACUCUAAGAAAGAUGUGUUUAUGACUCAGUUUACAGCUUUGAAGACCUCUAGAUCUGUUAGAACAAGGCGUUUAGCUGUAGCAGAGGAGAACUGUGAAGUCACGAGAGCAGCUAGACUUGCGCAGGUAUUUAGGGAGAUCUAUAAUGAUAUCACAACUUAUAAAGAUGAGGAGGACCUCCAACUCUCCAUCCCUCUCAUGACACUCCCAUCAAAGAAAAAACAACCAGACUACUAUACUACUAUAAAGGAUCCAAUAGAUCUUUCUAUGAUUGAGCAGAAAAUCCUGACUGGACAGUACAGCAAUGUUGAAGCCUUCAAUACUGAUAUAAACAAACUGUUUAGUAAUGUGGAGGAAUAUUGUGGUAAGAAGUCAGAGAUGGGCCAGAUAGUGCUUAAAUUACGUAAAGUGUACUGUACCUCUAAACUUGAAGCCACUGGACAACUUGAAGAAAUCCUGAAUGAACAGUUGAAGCCACAAAGUUUCUCUGGGGAUUCUGAGGCCAGUGAAGCACUGAAUACAGAAGGUGAUGUGAAAGCUGUAGAUGAUGGUAACCAAGACAACAAGGAUGAAGAAGAUGAAGAGGAGGAAGAGGAAAUUAUCCGCUGUGUCUGUAACAUCUACAAAGAUGAGGGACUCAUGAUUCAAUGUGAAAAAUGUUUUAAAUGGCAGCAUUGUGAGUGUAUGGGACUGGCUGAUGCAGUGGAUGGCUACAACUGUGAGCUUUGUGAUGUUAGACCAAUCAGCAGAGAGGUAGUGAUUGAUCCGCAGCCUUACGACGCCACCCCUGGUUGCAUCUAUUACAUGACCUUGAUGCGCGACGACCUCCAGAUACGUCUUGGUGAGUGUGUAUAUCUGCUUCGUGAUAGUCCUCUAAGAAAGAGUCCAGAUGGCACUACCACAAGGGUUUCCUACAGAAAACUUGCCACAAUCAGCCACGAUAAAUUAGACAUAUUCCGAGUAGAAAGACUUUGGAAGAAUGAGAAAGGAGAGAGGUUUGCCUUCGGACACCAUUAUUACCGUCCACAUGAAACAUUCCAUGAACCAGCUAGAAAAUUCUUCCCUAAUGAGGUAUUUCGGGUUCCUCUGUAUGAAAUCCUGCCACUUGAAGCCAUUAUUGACACAUGUCUAGUCGUUGACCUCCCCACCUACUGCAAGGGUUUACCUAAAGGGGUCAAGGCGGAGGAUGUCUAUAUAUGUGAAUACAGAAUGGACAAGACAGCUCAUCUCUUCUUUAAGAUCUCUAAAACAAAACACCCAAUCAACACCAAGUCUUAUUGCUUUGACAUGUAUGAUGAAAAGUUGACGCCAAAGCGAACAUACUCGCCACAUGAUAUUCCUGAGGAGUACCUACGUAAGAUCGAGAGAGUUGCUCACAAAGACCACACAAAGUCAUCUGAUGAGACAAGUGAUCCUGAGGAAGAUCUGCCUUUGAUGAAGGUUUUAGAAGAAAAGAGGAAGAAGAAAUGUGACAGACUACAACAGCUGCUGACUAAACUAACAGACGAUAGUGAACUGAAAGAUGGUCUCGCUCCAGAUUUGAAUUAUUUAUUUGAUGAUACAAAGCGACAUCGGAAAAAGACAUCACAUGUGGAUUGAUAAUGACGCAAGAAAUAUAUUAGUGUCAGCUAAUACUUGUAAGACACGAGAUAAAGAAAAUUUCCACUGCGUAUGAAAUAAGACAUCAGAAAAGUAUUACUGAACACAGGACACCUGAUAAAAGACUCCUUGUCUCUGCGUUGAAAUAUAACACAGGAAAAGUAUUACUAAUUUGGCACAAGACACUGAAAAGACACCUGCCCUGUGUAUUGAAAUAAGGUACAGAAAAAGUAUUACUCAUUUGACACAAGGCAUACGAAAAAGAUAACUAUAUCCAUUAAAGCUUUAUGAUGCAGGAAAAGUUAUUUAUGGAAUAAUACAAGACACACUUUUGUGGAUUGAUAUCCCGAUAUGUGUCAGGGAACAUUCAUUGUGUGCAAAGCCACCAUUUAUAAAAAAUCAUGAAUUGGUAUAAUAACAAGAGAUCAUGACCCAUUGGAUAUAAAAAGGAAUAGUUUCAAAAACAAGAGUUUUAUGGAGAUUAACAUUGAAAGCAUCACUUAUUAAAUUGGUGAUUAUAAGGGAUAAUAACCAACUUAACUUAAUGGAUACCUAACAAGGAGUAUUGGAAGCCAUUAUUCAAACUCGAUACUCCGUUGUCCGGCAUAGACCAAUUUGGUAACAAUAUU